GGCAGAUUUUGGCCCAGAGCAGAACUGUAGAAGAAGCUGUUAAAAAAAUCUUGCUGUCUCACCAUCCUCCACUGUCUGUGUGUGCGCGUGUGUGUGUGUACCCAGGACAGAACGUCUGCAAUCUUUCGUGUGAAGGAGGAAAAGAAGACAGAAAGUGAAAGUGUUGGGAGAUUUAAAAGUUCUUGGUAGGAGACACACAGGCAACAACAAAGAGAAGGAUGAUGGAAAAAGGCUAUGAGAUACUCUCAAAUGACACAUAUGCAAAUACUUUCAGUGUUAAUAUCACAGAUGAGCCUGAGUGUUUCAUUUGCAAAGAUGUGGGCCUGAUGGCUGAAGAUCCACUAAGAACCUUCUGUGACUGCAAGACCCUCAUGGCUCACCACAGCUGCCUGCUCACCUGGAUCAAAAAGGGUCUGGGAAAAGAAGAGAGACUGAGAUGCAGCAUUUGCAAAUCUGAGUAUCAGCUCCAGAGAUGUGCACAGUGGUGGACCGUGGCCUCUCAGUGGCAGACCUGGCCCAUCCUGUCCAUUGCCCUUUUCCUGAUUGCUCUAGUGCCAUAUGUGGUCCACCGGAUGAUGACUGCUUUUGACGAUCCCCCUCCACACUCGCUAUUCAAGUCAGCUGCAAUUGGCUUCGGCCUCCUUAGUGAAGCCCUGCUGAUCAGGUGUUUGUACAGUUACUUCAGCCACCGACUCCAGCAGGCAAAGCAAGACUCCUUCAGGGUCCUGCCUCGUCAAUCUGAAGAUCAUGAAGCUCAUGCCAGUCUGAAACAGUGCCCCACGCCGGGGGUCAAAUGUCAGGAUUCACAGCAUUGGCAGGACAGAGAAACCGCUGAGAGGAGAGGAUCCGACCUGCCACUGUUAAAUAUGACCACAGGGAAAGAGACCUGUGGUGCAGCAAGCGUACAAAUCCCACUGACUUAUUUAAAUGUCUAGAAAGGUCCUGCUGCAGACAUUGGCAGAGUUUCAGCAGACGAAACCCAGUGUUAACACCAAAAAAAAAAAAAGAGAGAAAAAAAUCUGAAAUGGAUGAUGCCACUCUGGGUUGAAAAUGUAUGGACGCUCUAUUGCCCUUGGUUGGAUUUUGAUGGUGUGAUCAAAACAGUGUUUAAUCGGUACUGUUGAGUUGGUGUAAGGCUUUAUCAAUUUUCUACAUCAAUAUAUAUCAAAGCACUUUGGCCAUGUAAUAGUUUUAUAUAAUUCAUUGCACAUGUCACUUUUUUAUGGCCUGACUUUUUCAAAGGAUUUUCAGAACUUCUGAGACCAUUUGUCAAGGUCUUUCGGAAACAGUGCUGAUACAAUCCUAAUGCAGAAGAAUUUUUCACCAAGUAAAUGUUUGUGCUUUUUUUAAGUAAUAAAUUUCUUGUUUUA